AUGCUACAUAUAAAGUUGAGGAGAACACCGAUCGUCGAGAUUGGUAAGAAUGACUUGGCGAGCCAGGAAGGGAGCGUCGAGGCGACUUCGGGUGACAUGAGGAUCUGGGUAAUGACCAUCUGCAGGGCAGCAGUCAAAAUUGGCUAUUGUCGCGUCAGUAUCCGGUUGAGAUAUGUCACAGGAAGCACACCAACUAGUAAUGUUAUCGCAUUAGCCGCUUUUGUCUCGGUAUCAACGAUCAGCUGGAUUGGAUACGGAAGCGUGUCUAUAUCGGCGGGUACAAGUAUUUUGACGGUUGUGACCCCUUCGACAGCCCGCCCUAUGUGCCAGCACAAUAGCGGCGGGCAACCCGCUCAACAGAAAAUCAUCUUCGAAAUGUCUUCACUGAUGCCUGCUUAUGUACAGCAGAAACAUUUAAGCUGGUCCAAAUGUAACGUGUUGACCACAGCAAUUCGUGGAAGUUGCGCCUUGAUCAAGAGUGCGACGAGCGAACAAAUCAGAUUGUAG